AUGAGCUCUUCCAACAACCAAGCAUCCCAGGCUCUCAACGACAAGCAGCAGAGACAGUACCAGUGUCUUUGCAUUUUGCUUCAGGCUGUCAACGAGACUUGCAAACGCAGGAGCGAUAUCAGAUACUCCUCCGGAAAGAGUCGCAGCUAUGCCCUCUUGACCGAAUUCCAGAAGACCAUGUGCAAAAUCGCACAAAUUCUCGAUAAUGAGAAGGGUGGCGAUUCUGCCACAGCGCUUAUUGUUGCGAAAGGGGCUGCGUGGGACCAGACUACGUUUUUGCUUCAAACUUCAAGAAAAGCACCUGAACUCGAAAGAGCAAAGUCGUUUUCUCUCCGACCUCCUCGAGCACUGCAAAAGAAAGUCUUUGAUCGUAUUCUUGAGUUCAACUUUCUCAGAUUCGAUGCAUACCUCAACGGACUGGACACUGCUUUGCAGUCUUGCAUCGAUGACUGCGAGAGAUCACAGGACCCUAACAGGUCCAGCGAUGUGGCUCAGUUGCAAGCUAUCAAACACAAGUCCCUUUUUCCUCGCGACAUGACGUCUUCUACUAACUCUAAAAACAAAUUUUUCCGUGACUGCGAAGAUCUUAUCAAAGCUGUAAAUAAUAGCCAAAUCACCGGAAUAGAUAAAGUUUUCGACAAGUACAUCGGCACUACCGAGCCAGCAAUCUCGUAUCAAUGGAGUCAGCUGCGCCAUCAUCUUGGCCGUCUUCAUUCAUUCCGUCAAGCUUCCGAGGCCAUAAUCGAUGCUUCCACAAAGUGGCCCUCGUUAUUCAAAAACUUCACUGUUAAUUACAUUCCAUCAUCUCGUCUCCAAAGGUUCACUGGCAUCAACGGACUGCACGCUUCGCCAACGGAGACUAUUCAGGCUGCUUUUCCAGGUCAAGACCUAUCAUAUUACCAAGACGACAUCGCGGAACUUCGCAGAUACGGCUUGGAUGAACAAAUCCAGGAACAGGAGCUUAAGUUUCCAUCGAAGACUCUGGUUCACUGCGAAGCGAAUUUGCACAGUCAUCUUAUCACCGCUGGAAAAACCCGACCUUGCGACUUCUGGGACGACGUCAUGUUUAUCGCUACCAGCAAGCCUCCGUGUAGGCUCUGCUAUUACUAUUUUCAAGACGGUGACAAUGACUUUCAAGUACAAUCGUCCCAUAUGAACCUUUACCCCCGAUGGCGGCUCCCCGACAUUGUUGAUUCCAAUGAUGAAGCAAGCAUUCUGCAUCGUGAGGAGCUGAUAGAAGAUAUAUUCGAGCAUAUGCAGGGCAGUAUACUAAGUGUGUUACAAGAGAAAUUCCCUCAGUGGAAACGAAAUGAUUCUCGUACAGACUCACGAGGCUGUACAGAUAUUCGAGAGGGUGCGGAUAGCAGAACUCCAACUGGCGAACACUACAUGCAACCCCCGGUCAUGGAUGAUGACGGUUAUGUGAAGGACAUUUACACUGAUACUUUUGGUCUUGCCCAUUGA